AUAAGUACUGAGUAGGUAUUUUGCAUCUUAGCACAAAAUUGUUGUUUAUUUAUAUUAUAUUGGAACUUGGAACUCGUCGGACGUAUUCGUAAAACUUUUUGUGCGCAAUACGUAAUAUUUGUUUCUAAAUUAAAUAUACCCGUGAUUUUUUUACGAUAUAAAAUAUCGGUUUUAUUUUGAAGUUUUUUGCUUGAGUGACUAGUGAACAAUUGUUCAUAGUGUAAUUUUUAAUUUACGUUGGAUGCGUAAAUAAUAAUGAACUUAUCCUUUGCCGGUUGUGGAUUUCUUGGUAUUUACCAUGUCGGAGUUGCAGUGUGUCUUAAAAAAUAUGCUCCGCAUUUGCUUAUGGGCAAAAUUUCGGGAGCCUCUUUUGGGGCUGUCUCGGCUUGUUGUUUGCUGUGUGAACUUCCUAUAGGUGAAAUUACAAGUGAUGUCCUGAGAGUAGUGGAAGAAGCGAGGGCAGGGUCCCUUGGCCCGUUUAGUCCUUCCUUCAAUAUACAAAAUGUCCUACUGGAGGGAAUGCAAAAGUACCUACCUCAAGAUGCUCACAAGAUUGUCAGCGGCAAACUGCAUAUUUCUCUAACAAGAGUUUACGAUGGCAAGAAUGUGAUUGUAACCGAAUUUCCUUCUAGAGAAGAUUUAUUACAAGCGUUAUUAGCGUCAUGUUUCGUCCCAGUGUUCUCCGGGAUGUUGCCGCCUCGUUUUCACGGUAUAAGAUAUAUGGAUGGGGGAUUUAGUGAUAAUUUGCCCGUAUUAGACGAGAACACGAUUACCGUAAGCCCCUUCUGUGGCGAGAGUGAUAUCUGCCCCAGAGACUUAAGUUCACAGUUAUUUCACGUAAAUUUAGCAAAUACCAGUAUCGAGUUGUCGAAGGAGAACAUGAAUCGCUUCGCUAGAAUUCUUUUUCCACCAAAAGCUGAUGUUCUCAGCAACAUGUGCAAGCAGGGAUUUGAUGACGCUCUCCGUUUCUUGCACAGAAAUAAUAUGAUAUCAUGUACUAGAUGUCUAGCAGUGCAGUCCACAUACCAGUUACAAGACGUUCUAAAUGACACUCCUCACGAAUACGACCCGGAAUGCGAAGAGUGCAAGACGCACAGACAGGAUGCUCUUGUGGACGAUCUACCGGACACAGUAACGACGAUAUUCCAAAACGCCAUCGACACCGCUAACAACGGCAUUGUCAACUGGGUGAUGAGACAGCGGGGCAUGCGUUGCGUGUCUUUGCUGACGCUACCUUACCGAGUGCCUGUCGAUGUUUUGUACGCUACGAUUACCAAAUUCGUCUCCUGCACUCCAAAGAUGAGCAAGUCUCUGUGGCGUCUAAGUUGGGAGCUUGUACGUCAAUUGCACGGGUUCCUGUAUUCCGCCCACGAUCGCUCUGAAGCUGCGCGUAUAUAUUACAAGUUGACUAUGGACCACCGCGAUGAGAAUCAUCGCCUCGAUAGAAGGCGUGCGAGCGAGAUGCGUGUAACAUGCGGCGAUGUACCGGCUGAAGCUGAUACAUUCGAGCAUAUACUAAACGUGACGACUCAUAACGACGCACUACUUGCUUACUACUACCUCGACAGCGAUAAUAAGAUGAAAAUGACGGAAAUAUAUGACGUAACUGACGCUGAUACGGAUGCUGUUCAGUCGCCUACCGAGCGUGAUCUCAACAAACAACUCGAAUUCGACAACGAUUGGUCCGGAGAAUUAAUGGCCGAUGAUGAUGAAUUAGAAUUUGACGGCGCCGAUGACGACUUAGAUGAUCGCAACAUAUUUUCAGAUCCUGAAAGCGAAUGGACGAGACGACAGUCUUAUUCGAACGAUUCCUCCAGCGAUGGUGACCAACCUGAGUCUGAUCGCCAACUCUUAGAACAUAUAGACUGCGAGCGUCUUGCCAAAACGGUCAACAAGCGUGCCGUCAUUUUGACAAAAUUCAUGCUGAGUAAUCUCGUGGAAGCGGUUUCACAACUGCUGUCCAACACAACGCUUUUGACAUCAUUAUUGUUAGAGGGAUUGCCACUAAAGAUACCUUAUUUAAAUCCCAUAUGUGAGACUUUAUUAACCAAUAGUUCGCUUCAACAUUUAUACUUGCCGAGAUGUUUGAUCGGCGAUGCUGGCUGUUUGGCAAUAUGUAAAGCUGUUAGAUGUCUGCCAAACAUUUUAACAAUGGACCUAAGUGGUUGCGAGUUGACACCACUCGGUGCUGGAUACAUUGCCGAUUUAAUCAAGUAUCAAAAAAUUCAUCGAUACAGUGAAAAUUGGGUACACACCUUACGCUAUCGUCUGCCCGAAUUGGACACUAUGGCUGGCUUACGAAGAAUUACAUUGUGCGGCAAUCCACAGUUGGGGGACGUUGGUGUGGGUAAAAUACUUAGUGAAUUGGCGGAUGAUUUGUGGAUAAAAGCACUUGACGUUCAAAAUUGUGGAUUAUCUGAAGAAUGUGCGUCAACCAUUUUACAAACAAUGCGUUCUAAUACAACUCUCGUGGUGCUGGAUAUGAGACACAAUACAUCCUUAUCCAAUGAAUUAUUGUCGAAGAUACGUUCCGCUUUAAGACAAAAUGAAAAGGGCGUUGUUGGGCAGUAUUCUUGGUUGGGAAGCGGAUACUCGAGUGAUGGCCGAUCAGUAAAAUCUGUACCUUCCAAGAACGGCAUUGUUAAGGAGCGGGUAGCAUUGAAUAUCAGAAAUGCACCCAGUAAAUAUAACGCUAAGACAAACGGAGUUCAAAAAGAAAAGGAUUACGCGGAACUUUUGGAAGAGCAACUCCAAGAAGAGACAUCACAUCGUAGACAGCUGGAAGAGCUCAACGAGCGUCUUGUGCAGCAGAUGAGGCAGCUCAAACAACAGCAGAUACAGCUGUGGCAGAAUAAUGCUACAUCAUCUGGUUCAGAACAAUCAUUCCAAGCAAGUUCUCGUUCAGGAGAUCUAUCAAGCAGUUCUGAUUCGACAAGUUCAGUAGCUAUUGACCAACAUACUUUGUCCUAUAUACAACAAGCAUUCAAAGACAUAUAUGCGUUUAUCAAAAACAAUCAGUGCAAUGGACAAUGUUUGAAUCAAAAAUCAAAAGAAAAUAAUGCUGAGGAAGAACAAAAAGAGCUGGAAACGCCAGUUGACGUAAAAGAUGAAGGAGAUCCAAGUGAGCUUCGCAUCAAGAUCGUGCCAAAGAAAGCCCAAAGUUCACAUUUGAAGUUAAAAGAUACUACCAAAGCGAAGAAAAUGACAAAAUCUGCUCAUUUGUUGGGUGACAUGCAGCAUAAUAAUGGAGAAAAUGAUUCGCCGUCUGACAUGAUUGAGAGAAUAAUGGGAGACUCAAUGAACGCACACGGCGACGAAGCCCGUAUUAUAGAAGAAGUUAUUACAACACAGCGGGAAACUAAAAAAAACAUGGUAGAACGCAGCAGUCCUUGCAGCAGUGUGGUGAGCGACUCGUCCGACACUCUCGUGUACACGCCCCGGUCGCCUGACCGUCGCAAGAAUGUGUGCGCACUUAACCCGCGCGACGCAUUUUACUCCUCGUCUGAUGAGGACUCGUAAAGCUUUUAUACGACUUUAUUUAUUAAAGAUUUGUUUCUUCUA